CUCGCUCCCCCCAUCGACAUCGUUGCUGUGAGGCCCCCUUCUUUAAACAGAAGUUGCCCAGGCAGGGCAAGCAAGCAACUUUGUCUAUCCCCCCCCACGCUCUUCGUCUUUUCGUCUGCUACUUGUCGUCGUCUGCUGCUAUUGCUGCUGCUAUACCUGUAGUCCUGUUUGCGAUCGUCUGCUCGGUGUGGCGCGGCAUGGCUUGGCUUGGCCGACGGCGUAGGCGACGUUGAACGAAAGGAAACAUGCGGGCGCCGCGCCACCCGGUGAAGAAGAGAGAGACACAUGCCCCGAUGUUUUCUCGGGGCAAACGUUUGAGCAGGCCUCCCCGAGAGGCAUGCGUUCGCGCUGCGGCAUGAUUACCUCGCGAUGUUCGGCGGUCGGCUUCGGCUCGGCGCGGCCGUGACACGCCCGCCGAACCCGUGCUGUGGUGCUUGCGUGCUGCCGCGAGGAGUUGUUGGUGCGGGUGCCGCCGUGUCAACAAGCCAUGGAUCAAUCCGGUGAAGACCGAGAGAGUCGCAGGAGUCGACCGCCCUCCGAGCAGCUGGUGGAUCUACACGUGUACAUUAUCCCCGAGGAAAGAUGGCUGCGAAAGCGGAAGUUGGCUCGGAACUACGUCGUGGACUACGCCAUUUCCGCCGGAUUCAUACGAGUCCUGCCCACUGCUCGCCUGGUGGACGUGCGGCGGGAGAUCGACCGGCAGCUUGGCCACGACGUGGUUCCCAAGGAGUACGUCUUCCUUCGCAGCGUCGGAAGGAACUUCACCCAGGUGAAAGACUUUCAAGAGAUGGACCUGAAGGCGAAGAGCUUCCUCCCUCCUUGUGCCAGCGAGCCCGAAAUCUACCUCAAGUCCGGUCAGUUCGCAGACCAAGGCUGGUCGCACGGUGACGAGAGCGGGCUCGACGAAGCCUACCUGGACGCACGGCGAACGCACGAAAUCAUCGAAAGAAGGAUAGGCGUCCUCUCCCCACCGUCCCUGUCGAGCCCCGACGGUUUCCUGCCGCACUUGGACUCGACGCGGCUGCUCCUCUCCCGACCGGGCAAGGCGCGCCGGUCAGCUGGUAACGGCGCGCUCGCGGGCGGCGCCACCACCGCCACCACCACGUACCAGUGGUCCAACGGCGGCACCGCCGGAGCUGGACCGUACCAGCGCGUGACCACCACAACGACCACGACUACGCACCGGUCCACGACCACCGUCGAAGAGACGAGCGUCAGGGACCAGGUGCACCUGCUAAGCCUUCCCGCACCUCCCAAGGAAGAAAAGGACCUAGUGGAGAGGGAGGGGAAGCCGGAGGAGGAGAGUGAACGCCAACAGCAGGCUCUCGACGGCCAGUCAGAGGACCGGGUUCACGAGGAACACACCGUAGGGGAGGCCGACGGCCCCGAGCUGAGCGACGCGCCCCCGCCGGCCUCGUCGGUUCGGAGAAGACCCUCGGUGGCCUCCUCGUCCCCGGCGGUCACCGGCGCCGAUGCGAAGGACCUUGCCGCGUCGCACGAGGUCGACGACGCCAGAGCCAAAGACGACGACGACGACGCUGCGGCCCAGCGCGAUCAACAGCGCGAGCCCAGCGAAGCGUCGGCGGCACCCUCGCCGGCGUCCGUCAGAGACCGCCGUAGCCGGAGCGACGGAGCGGGCACGAUCACGCUAACGCUGCCGUCGCCCACGUCGGGUGCCGCGUCGCGCGCAACUGUCGGGUCCCAGAGGAGGCCCAGCCUGACCGAGUCCCGACGCAGGAGCGUGGCCACGGUGCCCGUGGUGGAGAGCAGCAGGCUAUCGGUGCCGACGUUCCAACAGCAGCCGAGGAAGCUGAGCUUCGCCGGCGGAUCGCUCGGACCGAGACGCGGAGACGAAGACAGUGGGGGCCAAAGAUUGAAAUCACGAGCACAGAGUGAAGAGGCACUCUCGCAAGAUUUCGAAGGGGAGAGCGAACGACGACCUCGGCGGAGGCCCAGUCGCGAAGCCGAUUCGCGCCGCUCGAGCACCGCCGUAUCCGCAGACCGCGAGGAAACCGAGCAGGAAGCCGACACCAAACCGGAAGUUGAAGCAAAAGCGGCAGUAGACGCGGCAGAAGCUGCGCGGGACCGCGCCGGCGGCAGCAGUAGUGCGGAGGAGGCAUCCUCGGACCAGGAAGCGCGCGCCGGCGGCGGCGACCGCGUUGAGGCGUCGCGUUCGACAGCAGAGGCCGCUAGGGCCGCGUCCGAAGCCGACGGGGGUCGCGACGAGGAAGAGACAAAGGUUGAGGACGGGUACGGGGGGCGCGAGGAGGCGGAACCGGAAGGCGAGUCGCGUGACUACUUCCGCGAGGAAGGUCCCUACCGUUUGGAAGUGACCGAGGAAGAAGAGCACGAAGAGAGCGAGGUCGCGCAGGCGACUUCAGUCGCGCCCGUAGGUAAGGCAGGUGACGUCAUCACCGCGCCAUCGAGCCAGCGCACGUGGAAGGCAACUGGUGGUGGCGACCGAGCAUCCCGAAGGAUCGCGAGGCUACAGAAAAAGCUGGACACUCUUCGGGAGGAACGACUCGCCUGCGAAGCCAAGAGGGAAGACCUUCUGCGACGCGCAAAAUUCCUCCAGAGCAAGGCUACAACUACACGAGACCAAGCACGCGACAUGUGGCGUCGGCGCUACGCCGAGGAAAAGAAGAUUACGCCCAAGUUGGAGGAAGAGAGCGCCCGCUGGAGGCUGGAAUUGGAGCGGCUGCACCGGGAGCUGCUCGCCAGGGUCGAAGGAGAGCUGCGCCUCACCGGCUACCCACGCUUCGAGCAACCCUCGAACAAGCUGAGCUACAAAAUAAUGAUCGCCAAAGUGCUCCAAGAGAUUGAGGACCUGAAGCGACGCCUGGAGUACACCCGCAUCACCCUCGGAGCCGAAGUCAGGCUACGGACGCACGCCGAACGGGAGGUAAAGAACCUGAGGGAAGACCUGUUGAAGAAGAAAAUCCAGGUCACCCUCACAAAGAAAGAAACACAGUCCGUGAUGGCACCGUUCCUCAGAGAUUCCUUCUACUUCGUCGGUCCCAUUUAAAAGAUCGGCGCCGGACACACCAAUCUCUGAAAUGUAUGUCACGCUCCAUAGGAGAAUAAAAAAUAAAGGGCAAAAAAAGAUUGCAAGAUACUGUAAAAACAAAGUGUUAGCGAAACGUUGCGCAGUGUUACGACACCGUCCUAUUGUCCGCUCUGUUCGACGGCUACCAGAUAGUCUU